CCUACAACCACUCAAAGGAGCCUGGAGCUAGGGCUGGUUCGGCCUCUUCUCCCAGGCAACCAGGCACAUAGACUUACCCUGGGGAAGGGGAGUUUAGGUAGGACACUAGGAGUUGUUUUUUUUUCUCAGAAAGGCUGAUGGGGCAUGGGCGGCCCAGGUCUGUGUUGGAAUCGCCGUCGUUGCAGGUGUUUCAGGAGGCAGCCCUGAGUAGUCCAGUUGCCAGGGUGGUGUUCGGUCGUGGGUUGGACGCGGCGCUGUCGGGCCGCGCUGUGCCGGGGGUGGCGAGGAGCGGUGGUUGCUGUUUCUGAUGAUGAUGAUGGUGGUGGUGUGUGCCCUCCCCGCCAGGCCCAGGGCAGCGGCUCCCCCAGUCCUGCCCGCCCGGGCUGGCGCUGCCCGCGGCCCCAGUGCGCCUGCGCGGCCCGUGGCGGUUGGUUCGAGCGCGGCGGCGCCGCCAUGGCGGACGCGGGGCCCGGCCGCGGCCGCUCCGCCCGGGGGCUGCAGCCGCGCUGCCCGCCCGGGCCGGCGGGGGAUUACCUCUCAGGAGCAUUGCAUACCAAAUGUAAUAACAGAAGCUCCCUAGUUUACAAAGGCGACACCAACAGCUCACUGAAAAAUGUAAUUAUUUCUUUCUCAAAUUGUUCUUUAGAGACAGAAUUUACUGAAACUGGAAGAGAGAACAGAUCCGAUCAUGAUUUCCAAAAAAGUGUGAAAGACUGGGAUUGUUUUGAUGAUGAGCAAGAUUUCGUUUGUGAUUCAAGUGGUCUAGAAGAAAAUAGCAUUUGCUCUGAAACCGAUGCAAUUCAAAAUACAGCUCUAUACAUGGGAACAGGCCUCACUUUACCAUCUCAUUUGGCUGCAAAUACUCAAAAAAAUAGGGACCCAGUUAUCAACCAUGGUUUGUUAAAGAAAAUUCUGCGUGGAACUAGUGCUCAGGCAUGCGAUAGGCAAAGUUUAAUACCACCUCACAUCAGUCAAAUUUAUGAUGAAUUAUUUGUCAUACAUCAGAAGCUCCAGAGAGAAACUUCAGCACAGCAGGAGUAUGCUCUGCAACUGCAGAAACGAGAACGUUGUCUAACAGAACAAGAAGCAUUGCUUUUUACACAUGAAGCAGCUUUGGCUAAAAUAAGAGGUGUUGAGGAAGAAGUUCACACAAAAAUUGCAGCUAUGAAAGAGCAACACGAGGCAGAAGUUAAGCAGCUGACAGAAGCCUUGAGAGAAAUAACUAAAGAAAAUAGGAGGCUGAAGUCAUCAUUUGACAGCUUGAAGGAAGUGAAUGACUCUUUAAGAAAACAGUUAAGUGAUGUAACUGAGUUGAACAAGAAGUUGGAAGGUCAAGCACGAAAAGUCAAAGCUCGUUUAGAGAAUCUACAAAGGAAGCAUGAAUUUUCAAUGGUACGUAAAUCUAACAAUUUAUGUCAAGUGAUGAAAGAAAGCAAACCUGUGAAACUGGAAAAAGUGAUAGCAACAUCAAAAACUGCCACGCUACCAUGGAAUUCACAAGUCUAUGAGCUCUUAACUUAUCUGAUGGAUUGGAUCUCUGAGCAGUAUCUUAGCAAAAUAGAAGCACAAGAAAAGAGAGAGGACAGUCAUAAACCUAUGGUUACCCAGAGCUCAAAGAACUCCUGUACUCAGGAAAAGUGUAUGAAGCUUUUGCCUAUAGCUACUGAGCAACUCCAGUGGAUGCCAUAUGUGAAUCCUAAACUGCACGUGCCUGUGAUUAAAUUUAUUUACUGGUCUCUAAGACAGAUAGACACUGAUACACAGCAUGCAACAAUGAGAUCAACCAUGAGGAGACUUGGCAAAGAUAUUUUCAAAGGCAUAGUGAGUAAGGGAAACCCACACAGUUCUUCUGAACAGUCUACAGAAAGUAAAUCAAAGUCAGCAGCUUUCUUUAAGAGUUUCUGUAUGCCUCUGAGGUUUCUGUCAACUUUGAUUGUGCUUAAAACAGUGAAACAAGUGGAUUACCUGACUCAGGCAUUUGAGUCCCUUCGUGUAGACUUGAAGACAGAUGAAGGGAAGGCCUUAUUUUUGGAAUACCAAUGUGUGCCUGUCAUAUUAAGUCAUCUAAAAGUAUCCAGUACAAGUCUGCUUUCCAGUGCUCUUGAUGGGCUACUUCAGAUGACCAUGGACUCUGGUUCCUUACAGCCUUUCCUGGAAGCCUGCAGUAAUGAAUUGUUCUUCCGGACUUGCUCUGUAUUGCUUCGGAGUUCUAAGCUGGAUAUUGCAGUUUUGGAAAAGCUCUCUGUUCUACUGCACAAACUCUCCAGAAUAAAAAGCAAUAAGAAGAUGUUUGAAUUGUUUGGUCUUCAUCAAAUGUUCCAAGAACUGCGUAGAACUAUAGAUCCAAAUCACACCUUCCUCUGUAUAAACCUCAAUUCAAUUCUGCUGAAUUUGGAAUUCUUGAGGAGUAACUCUCUUGCCUUCUAAGUACAAGUCACUAGCACUAGCUUUCAAUCAAAUUAUUGUUCUGUGUAAUUUAUACCAACUGCCUAUGUUACUUGAAAUUUGGAGUUGUUUUUUUUUUUACUGAUUUGUUAUAGACAUUAAGCAGCACCUCAGUCCUGUGUAAUUUGCUGUGUAUUGUGUGGAUUCUCACUUACAUUUCACUCAUUCAUAAAAAGGAAAAUGAAAAACUUUAUAAUAUGCUGGAUGGCUUUCUUCAGUAUUUUCUAAAGAAGUGAAAUAAUGCUGCUGAGUCAUGCAAUGUAAGCAAUUGAAUCCUUGGAGUAAGCAGAUCAGAAGACAGCAGACCUGUCUUUCCUUACAGGUACUAAUCUUAGUUACUUUUGACUCUUCAGCGAUUUAUAAAAAUACUUUAUUUUACGGUUGAUAAGUAGCAGACAGGUAUCUUAGCUGAUUAUCUUUUGAUAAUCCUGCAGUUUUAAAACCAGAUUUUAAUUUAACAUAACUAGAUGUAUUGAAUAAGAAAAUUUGUUUAUUUUGAUUUCAGAAUUUCUUAGAGUUUGUUUGUUCUUUUCCUAUAUUUAAGUAACAUUUAGUAUUUUAUCCUGCUUUGUAUAGUGCAACUUUGGAUGGUAAUAUCUUUGCAAAUGUAAAUAAAAGCAUUUCUUAAAAUGUCUGGCAAUAGUAAUCUGUAACAUAAAAUUAUUGUAUUUCAUUGCUUCUGCUGUAUUUUGCUUUAAUUUGCAAUACAAUCUUCACUGUCCCAUGUUUCUUUUCUGAGUAUGAAUGUAUUUUUUGUCCACCACAGUUCAGUGUUUAGAAGUUCUUACAAAUUGGAAUUAGUCUAAAAAUUGAAAUUAGUCUUCUGUUGCUGAUUUGUACUGUAAUUACUGAAAAUAUGUAUUUGUAAAAUUGAAAAUGCAGUUAAAGCUUAAAGAUCUGCUGUAUUUCAGUCUUUAACACUGACAUGAGUAUAAGC